AUGUCUCAUUCCAAUAAGGGGAAAAAAGUAACGAAACGAAAAAAACCACGCUAUAUACUUAAAGUAAAUGUCCCUCCCCCACCCGUAGCUCCCGCACCUAUACCUUCUUCAUCUGCAGUGCGGAGAAUAUACAUGCCCAUACAAACAAUAUUGCACCUUCAGCCACUUCUGCCCCAUCCCCGCUUGAUGCACCCAACCCUAGUCCAUCACCUGUCAUUGCAUCAAGCACCUUCCCCGGGAGCUACAUUGCCUUCAGUAUCAUCGGUACCAUCACCACUACCUUUGGUCUCACCUACAUUACCCUCAAGGUCUCCAGCACUAUCACCAUUAUCAGUGCCUUCUAGAGUUCGUCAUACACCAGCUGGGGAAGACCAAGAAGUGCAUAUUCAGCAAGGUGAUGCACAAUUAGACAUUGAGGAGGAUCAUCCACUUGGCACUAAUCUUCCUAUCAUAUCACCUUAUGGUCUAGGGUAA